GUGAUGGGCUGAUGGCUAUGCUAGUUCUGUGGCUGGCAUGGCUUCUAGUCUCUCUGAUCGCAGUAUACUUCCUCGACCUCUAUGUCCACGCUCGCCGGGGCCUUCCGCCCGGACCCCGCCCACUGCCGUUAAUCGGCAGCCUCCACCUUCUUGGCGACCAGCCACACCGCUCACUCGCUCGCCUCGCCAAAUUCCACGGCCCGCUCAUGUCGCUCCGUCUGGGCGCGGUCACCACGGUUGUGAUCUCCUCACCGGAUGUUGCGCGCGAGUUCCUGCAGAAGCAGGACGCUGUCUUCGCCAAUCGGUUUGUGCCCCAUGCCAUCGGCGACCAUGUGAAGAACUCCGUGCCCUGGUUGCCGCACUCCGGACGCUGGCGCGCCCUCAGAAAGAUCAUGGCAACUGAGCUGUUCGCGCCGCACCGCCUCGAGGCGCUCCAGCAUCUACGCCGCCAGAAGGUGGAGGAACUCGUGGGCCACGUCCGGCUACUGGCACUGCAGGGACGGGCGGUGGACGUCGGCAGCGUGGCGUUCACCACGUCCCUGAAUCUUCUCUCGCGCACAAUUUUCUCCUGCGACCUGACGAACCUCGACGACCACACCGGAUCGGCGAAAGAAUUCCAAGAGGUGGUGACAGAGAUCAUGGAGGUUGCCGCGAGUCCCAACCUGUCGGAUUUGUUCCCAGCGCUGGCUUGCGCCGAUCUGCAAGGAUUGCGACGGAGACUGGCAAAGCUCUUUGCACGGCUGCACCAGGUGUUCGACGUGGAGGUCGACCGGAGGUUGUGCGAGCGUGAUGCUGGCGAUCGCCGGAAGAAUGACUUCCUCGACCUGUUGCUUGACACCGACGGAGGGACGGCAGCGUUGGACCGCGACUCGCUCCUGUCAUUAUUCACGGAUUUGUUUGCUGCAGGAAGUGAUACGAGCUCCAGCACAGUGGAAUGGGCACUGACGGAGUUGCUUAGAAACCCAGUCCCAAUGGCUAAAACGUGCGAUGAGCUCCUGGCAGCCACUGGCGCGGCAAGAAACAUUGAAGAAUCUGAAAUCGAGCAGCUGCCCUACCUCCAAGCCGUGGUAAAAGAAACUUUUCGGCUGCAUCCUCCCGUCCCACUGCUGUUGCCGCGACGAGCUGGGGCCGCCACGCGAGCAAUGGGUCACACGAUUCCCAAAGGCGCACGCGUGCUGGUAAAUGUGUGGGCGAUGGGGCGGGACGGAGACGUUUUGCCAGAUCCAGAGAAGUUUAUGCCAGAACGAUUCCUGGGAAGGCCUACGGAUUUUAGAGGUGGAGACUUGGAACUCAUACCGUUUGGUGCAGGACGCAGGAUCUGUCCUGGGAUGCCACUGGCCAGCAGGAUGGUGCAUCUGGUCCUUGCAUCGUUGUUGAAUCAGUUCAGAUGGAGGCUUCCCGCCGAGGUCGAAAGAGAUGGGACUGACGAAAUGGCUGAGAGUUUUGGUGUCACUCUAAAGAAGGCGUCGCCUCUUUGUGCUAUAGCCACACCUGUUUGAAUGAGAAGCCCAGAUCGACAGGGUCAAAAAAAAAAGUAUUGAGUGUUCUUCUGUUGAAUAAUGUUUCUUGCAAGUCAUUGAAGUCAUUACGAGUCUUACGGUGAUUGGCAAAAAUUUAGAGGCCGUCCAACGGGAAGAAAUCUACCGAUGAUAAAACAGGUAUUAUUUUAUUAAUGUUAAAUCUUUAAAAUGUCACAAUAUUGAUGG